GCUUUCAUCCCACUUGAACGCGUGAAACGAUCAACCACAAGGAGGGUUCACGCACAUUACCGAGUUGUGGGAAUGUUAUCCGAUCCUCGCUCACCCGCUUCUAGGUCGAUGUUUUUUUGAGGCAACCGUAACCAUCUCUCCAGACACUUGCGCAGGACUCUCGCGAGUGAGAAAUAGAAGUAACAGGAUCCUCGUGGAGCAAGUAACACCCGGACGGAGAGUCGGGUAAAAGUGGACGCAAAGAAAUUGAGAAAUGUGGCCCUGUCAAUGAGGUGAUGGACCGAAAGCGCUCGAAAGUCGGUUGACACGCACUUCCACGACGACGCUGGGUAAUAAAUUUCGCAUAAUUUGUCAUAAAAUUUUACAGCUCGUUUCACGACGACACGCGACACGAAGCCGAUGGCAGAGUGUGUGGCGUAUUGUUUCACUGCGAGGUUUGUACUUUGUUCUGUUCUCUUUCGUUGUUGUUGGAUGGAAGUUUUUGUUUUCGUUUAAAAAGAUAUGGUAAAUUUAUUAAAUUUAUGUAAAUGCUGUUUUUUAAAGGUAUGAAAAGUUAGAUUUAAUUUAAAAAAAAUAUUUUUAUCACAAAAGCAUUUGAAUUUGAAAGACAAAAAAAUCUCAAAUGUAAUAAAUAGCACAGACAAGAAAAUUAAGACGAUUUCCCUGUUGGAGCUUGUCCCUGCUUCUCUGUGCCGUACUGUAUUUGCAUAGCCAUAGAUCAUCCCAGUACUGCAUGCCCAGCAUAACUCGACACUCGGAGUGGAAAAUGAGUGGGCGUGGCUAUGCUUCGGCUUUUGUGGAAAUGUGCGAUCACUGCAUUCGAGGAUUAUUGUGUCGUUCGAUCGUUUGCAGUGCACCAUUCGAAUCGAAACUAUUUCUAACGACGGUUGUGCUGAUCACUUAUCGGCUGGUGUAUCAUAUCUUGCAGCCGUGGAUUUAAUUGAAACAAUUGAAUUCCAAUGGAAGGUUAAGAAUUAUAAGGGUGUGCUGGAAGAAAGGGUCGUAAAGUGUGAUGAAAGAUUGCAAGUGGAAUGUGCGAAAGGUGAUGGAAUUUCAGUAAAAUUGUUAUGAAAGAGUGUUGAAGAUAUUAUAGAGGAUCGUGUCAAAAAAAAAAAAAAAAAAAAAUGCCGAAAAGGAAAAAGGCUCCCUCGCCAAAGUUCGAUCUGCUCGAAGACGGUUUUGAUGAUGAUCUCAGCUCUAAUGAACCCUUUCCAUCUCUUCUCGUUUCCGCUGCCCGUUUCCCGGUGCAGACGACAAACCGGGAACACCGAUCCAACGAAACGCAGCCAACGCACGCGAACGGGCCCGCAUGCGAGUACUGUCCAAGGCGUUCUUCAACCUGAAGCGUAACAUCCCGUGGGUACCGGCGGACACGAAACUCUCCAAGCUGGACACACUGCGGCUGGCCAAAAACUACAUCACCUACCUGGCCGCCACGCUGGACGGCCAGUCGGUGGAAGAUUUUUCCACCAACCUGGCGCAACCACCCAAAACGGCAUGGCCUUUCAUCUUCCAACAAGUUCAACCACACGAGACGACCAGCAAAACCAAACACCAGCAGACAACAUCCACCCAGUCAGCGGCGUCGUUCGCGGCAACACCACCGAAUGUCGGUCAAUCCACAUGUUCCACCGAUCGGCAGCAGAAGUGGCUCGACUAUCAUCAGAAAGAUGUCACCUCCGGGGCCGCCGUGUUGUCGGAGAAUAUCAAAUCUCAUACGAUCGUUCCACCAGCCUCGAACGGCUUGGUUGGAUUCUCGGAAAAUUUUGUCCCCUCUACCGCCAGCAGCAUGGACGGUGGUGUGAACGAUUAUGGCACAUUUGGUGAUUCGAUGGGGAUGGCGGUGACGAGAUCUACUGCCCUUCAUCAUCCUCCCCAGCAGCAGCAGCAGCACUCAAUAAUGCAGCAGGAUCACCACCAGCCCAGCCAUCAUCACUAUCACACGAAUGGUGGCAGUGGUCUACCGAUGCACAAUGAUGGAUGCCAUGCUGGUGGAGCAAUUGGAAUGUCCGGAACGUACCACCGGCAGCACAUGACUUCGAUUGGCAGUGAUUGACUGGGGGGAUUGAACGGGAUCGAAUGCAUCCGUAAAAUGUACUUAUAGUAUUUAUAAAAAAAAACACACACAUCGACAACAUACAAACCAAUUCUGACCAAUCGUACUCUUCAAAACCAAAGUAUUAAAACGUAUCGUAUUACAACUAAAUUUUAUGUUUUCAAACGAAAUAAAUGUAUUGCCAUGCAUUGCCAUACAA